GUACAGUAGCAGCAGCAGCAGGAGCAGCAGCAGCAGGAGGAGGAGGAGGAGGAGGAGGAACAGGAACAGGGUGAUAUGCUGCCUGCCACAGCCACAGCAGCCACAGCCACGGCAAACACGCACGGCGGCUCCAACGCAGGGCUGACGCUUUGUUUGACUGUUACUGUGUCACCCUCAUUUUCCUUUUUUUUUCCCCUCCCUAGCUUCCGCUUCGUCGUGCUCGUGAGCUCCGUGGAGUGGAAUGGCACCGCUGCUGCUGCUGCAAUUGGCUUCCACCACUUGAAAUAGAGAGAGAGAGAGAGAAAGAGAGAGAGAGAAAAUGGGAUUUUAAUGCUGCAUCCAGCGUUAACUGUGCGCGCACACCAGCCAGGAGACUGUAGCAGUUCAUCGGCGAUGUUUACCACGGAAUAAAAACAGCGAAGCCGAGGGUGCACAACAUCUCGUUUCCAUGGACAACACGUCCAUAAUAACACAGGUUGCAAAUCCGAAAGAGGAGGAGAGCAUUUCUUCAAGUCAAGAUAAAGACAGCUUGUUUACGGUACUCGGUGCCAGUGUGAUCUGCAGCCCUCAGUGCAGAGAGGAGCUCGGGACUGCAACAGCAAACACACACGUCUCCCAGGCCAACAGCAGCCUAAAGAAGCACCGCAGCCGCAGCAUCUUCAGCCCCUUCUUCUGCUGCUUCCGCAACUACAAUGACUAUCACGUGGAGCCGCCGACCUCCAACAACAAGGCACUAUCUCUACCCCCACCACCGGAGGAGAACGGCAGUCCUCCCAAGCGGUGUGACGCGUGUUUGUUGUCUCUUCAGCCUCCAGCCAAGUUCCUGCUGCCCGAGGUCAGCAUAGCCGACUACGGCAAGAGCUGUGUGGUGAUCGACCUUGACGAAACCCUUGUACACAGCUCCUUCAAGCCCAUCAGCAAUGCAGACUUCAUCGUUCCUGUGGAGAUUGAUGGGACUGUUCAUCAGGUGUACGUGCUGAAGAGGCCACACGUGGACGAGUUCCUCCAGAAGAUGGGGGAGCUCUUUGAAUGUGUCCUCUUCACAGCCAGUUUAGCCAAGUAUGCUGACCCUGUGGCAGACCUGCUCGACCAGUGGGGGGUUUUCCGCGCCCGGCUCUUCAGGGAAUCGUGUGUUUUCCACAGAGGAAACUACGUCAAAGACCUCAGCCUGCUGGGCCGAGAGCUCAGUAAAGUCAUCAUCAUAGACAACUCGCCUGCCUCCUACAUCUUCCACCCGGAGAAUGCAGUUCCGGUGCAGUCCUGGUUUGACGACAUGACAGACACGGAGCUGCUCGACCUGAUUCCUCUGUUUGAGGGCCUCAGUAAGGAGGAGGACAUUUACAGUCUGUUACAGAGCCUGAGGAACAGGUAGCAGACUCCAGGCUCCGCCCACCCACCUCCCACCCCCCCCGUGGCCUGGCCGCCAUCGUCCGGGUGUCUCCCAAUCUGAGGAUUUCCAGGCAAACCAUCUGGUUAUAAUAAUCUGUACUGAUUCUUAUUAUCGCUGGACUCUUUGUACAGAACUCCUGUAUGUACAUACUCUAUGUUUCUAAGACCAAGACAUGCAUAAAGUAAUUUUUCUAUCAGAGAGAUUAGGUUUUACUAUUCUAUCGAGUAAUAUUUUAGUUACCAAAAAGAAUCAACUACACAGAAUGAAGAUUUUUUUUUUUCUCCUGAGAACGAGUGACCUUUUGUUUUUAUGGUUUUUAUUUUUCUUGUUGUAUGCAGGCUGUUUUUGGUUUUGUUCUGACCUUUUGUUCCAACAACUGUGAUUUAUCUUCUCUUACAGAAUGAAGUGCCUUCAUUACUGUGCUGGUUUUAUCGUGUCUGGUUCUGGGGUGCACAAUUUUAUGCUCAAUAUUUAUUCAAAUCUCCUCCCCCUAAAAAAAAAAAAAAAAAGAACCUUGAAACUGAAGGUGAAAAUAAGUCUUUAUCGAUUAAUCGGAGGACAAUAACUGACUCCUACAACUGAAUAAAAAGAGUUCAUAACAUUGAAUUGUCAAAUUUACCAAAGAUUUUUUCAAUUCAAUGUGUAAAUUGAUCCUUUCAUUUAUUAAAAAAACAACAACAACUAUCAAUCUUUGUAAUAACAUCACCGUCCACCAAUAAAUGUUGAACCGUUGAGGAAACUAUAAUGAUUAGCUUAGAUUAUAAGAAGUUAUAUUUAUUGGGGGAAAGAGGGGUCGGUGCAUUGUAAAGGAUGCUGUUGAAAUCGUACUGUACAACAUUAUUAAAGUUGCAGGUUUGCACACUGUCA